GGAAAUGUGACAUAACAUUCUAUUCUAACCUAACUUAAUCCAACCAACUCGAAUUUCGCGCGCAAGUUCAGUCUUGUUUAUUGCUUAAUAUACAACGUGUUUCCAGUUCCAAAAGUUAAGCUUGCGAACCCACAAUCAUGUGGAAUGAAAGCUCCACGAAUUUUGGAGGCGGAUUUCUGGACGAAAGCACGCAAGGAGGAACCGCGAAGAAGUCGCAAGAUAGUGACAAAAGUAUUGCCCCCGUAAUGAUAAAACACAUCACAUCCGCAACAGGAGAUGGCCUGCAGAUUGCCGGCAAAACUGUAAAUACUUUAACAUUCGUCGGAGUCAUACGUAAUAUUGAACAGGAUACAACAAAAAUCUCUUUCAGUAUUCAGGAUGACACAGGUACUGUCACAGCUGUCAAGUGGUUAGAAGCAGAUAAGAAUCCUCUAGAAAGUAUUUGUACGCAAAUUAAUACAUAUGUGCGCAUUUAUGGAUUAAUACGUAAUCAAAAUAAUCAACAACAUGUGCUGAUUGUGCGCAUGUUUCCUCUUGAAGAUUUAAAUGAACUGACUUGUCACUUUAUGGAAGUCAUCUAUUUUAUAUUGAAGGCUAAGAAACCUGCGGAAGAAUCCACAUUAUCUAAUUUACCUACAACAUUUGAUAAUACAAUGAGUGGUAUGUCAUCCGAACAAGUAGCGGUUCUCGAAGUUGUUCGAUCGGCAAAUGAUUCAGAAUGUGGUAUCGAGAAACGUGAUAUUCUGACACGAGUGCCAAAACAUAUUAUACCUCGCAUCAAUGAAAUAUUAGAAUUUCUUCUCUGUGAAGGGCAUAUUUACACAACCAGUUCAGAAGAUUUCUUUAAAGCUACCUAAAUGGAUAUUGACAGGAAAUCUUAUCUAAAUUUAUAUUUAAUAUAA